CCCUGAGAGUUGGUUGGCGCGCUUUUCGAUGACGAGAGAUUACCUCAUCCAAGAUGGCGCGGAAGUAUUUUCGAAGUGUCGUCUGAAAUUGCCACAUUUCUUCAUGUUUCGUCAUUUUAGUCCCAUUUUCAACGUUUACAACAAGUAUGGAAAUAUUUGACUAUGGCUAACCCAGGAACACCGCGACCCGUGCCGCACUUUUUCUCCGAGGAGGGCCCGUUCUCCCAGAAGAAGUACCGGCUUGCGAACGGCAACACUCCUCGGGACUCCCAACCUCCGCGCCCGCCGGCCAAGAGCGUUCCCCCGGUCAGUCGGGUUUUUAUCAACAGUAAGUUAGCUUUCCAAAGACCCCAGAGUGUGUCGUUUAGGGGUCCCGAUAGCUUGAUUUCAAGCCCCCACUACGACGCAGGCAGUAAGGAACUUUUCUUCGACCAGUGUUUUGGAAUUGUGGACAAACUUGGGGAGGGGUCCUUUGGCGAAGUAUUCAAAGUUAGGAGCAAGGAAGAUGGGAAACUUUACGCUGUGAAGCGAUCCAGGGAAAGAUUCCGAGGAGAAUACGACCGCAAGAGAAAGAUAGGAGAAGCUUACAGACUGGAGAAGCUGCGAAGGCAUCCAAACUGUGUGCAGUUCUACAAGGCUUGGGAGGAAAGACAACAUCUCUACAUCCAGACAGAGCUAUGCCAAUGCAGCUUAGAACAGUAUUUAGAACAGCAACAUGAUAUACCCGAAGAAACUGUCUGGAAUUUCCUGGUGGAUUUACUGUCCGGACUGAAACACCUGCACGAUCAUAGGCUGAUUCACCUGGAUAUCAAACCGGACAACAUCUUUGUGUCCAAUGAUGGCGUGUGUAAGAUUGGAGACUUUGGACUUGUUGUGGAGGUGGAUAAGGAAGAUGUUUGUGAUGCUCAGGAAGGUGACCCCAAGUACAUCGCACCUGAGCUGUUGGAGGGACAUUUUGGACCACAUGCUGAUGUCUUCAGCCUUGGAGUGACUAUUCUGGAAGCGGCCUGUGACCUGGAGUUACCCCGGAAUGGUGUGGGAUGGCAGCAACUCAGACAGGGUAUGAUCCCAGCAGCCUUCACUGCAGGACUGUCCCACGAGCUCAGGAACAUCAUCCAGCUCAUGAUGCACCCUGACUACAUCCAGAGACCUUCAGUUGCAGACAUCCUGGCCAGGCCGGAGGUCCGUAGAGUGUUGUGGAGAAGGAGACGUCAGCGGGCUGUGCGGUUUGUCCAGGGCGCUGUGUUAUCCAUGUACGGUUUCAUGUCCACCCUGUUCCACACCAUGUACCUCACCAUCCUGCUACCUGUGAAGGCUAUCAAGGGGCAGCCACAGGAGAGGCAACAAAGGUGUCGUCAUCCCUCAGACUGGGACUACAGUUACUCUGAAGACGAUGCGUUUGAGAGUGAAGGGCACAGCAAAGACUCUGCUGAAUCUGGUGUGGCCAACCUCAGCCUGUCUACUGAUGAGGAGUUUGAACGACCCAGAUUCAUCACCUGUCCCAGCGAGGUGAGGUUCACUCCUGAUGUUCGCCCUGCCACUCCCGUUCUGCAUCACUCCAGCCCGAUGCCGAGGAGCUCCUCCCCUCUCCAUGGCAACCACACCCAGGCCCACCUGAGCCCGAACCUCAGCCUGGUGACCAGUCACCCCUACACCCCCACCAGCCACUCCGACAGCAGCGGUAGCAGCUUCCUGGGGGACGGGGCUGUCAUGGUCCGCCCAGGGAUAGGGCCCAAGAACCUGAUGAACAUAUUCGAUGACGCUGCCUGUUCAGAUGAUGAUGAUUGAAUUCUCCAACUUGUGUAUUCUGAAGUCAGGUAAAAGUUUCAGGGUUCGAUUUCAUUAUCCUGUGAUGUAUACAUUAUUUCUAUGCUGAGAAAGGCUGUAGUAGCCUGAUUCUCAAUUAUCACGUUUUUUAAUGUUAUCUUCGGAGGUUGAUGAAAUGUUUCCUUACUUACAAUGGAAAUGAAGUACUUGUCCAGGGUGUGUUUUAAAGGUAGGGAUCUGAUGUCAAUCUUGCCUAUAUACUUACAAAGCACAUACACCUUGUCACAUAUUUUAGAACUUGUAAAAGGACUGCAGCUACUGCAAAACAAAUGGCUCAAUUACAGCCAAAAUAAGUUCAAAAUUUGAUUCCAUUAUUAUUUGCUCAGUGUGUAUGAGUUUGCUCCUUAUUGAGAGGCAUAUUAGAAUUCUGCUGUGAGAGCUCAGUAAUCUUUUUUAGACAGUCCUUUUAUGUUUUUAAGAAUGUUUGUUGAUUUCAUUUUCUUGUUUGCUUCAGAAAACGCACAGCAUAGGUGUGUCUAAUGUAUGCUAUGAAAGACGUGAUGGUAUGAUGUAUAUGAUAUGAUUAAAAGAGAAGUGAAUAUGUUUUAGUUUCUUGAAAUAUCAUAAGAUUAAGUAUUUGAGUUUUAUGAAAUGUGCAAGCACAUAGAAUAUGGCAGUAACAGACUAUGGUGGCAUCAAAUGGACUGUAUGCAAAUGAGUUAAGAUUCCAAUAUUAAGUCUUCUCCUAAAGGUUUUAGUUGUAACUUGUCAACUUACAAAACACAUGAUAGAAAAUGUGCACAUUCAUUCAAAUACCUAUUGCAUGUACAUGCACUAUUGUCCUGUAGGAAUAUCAGUAGUAUCACUAUGGCUGUUCGGGUUGUGUAAAGACAAAAGGUUGUAUUCAUAAAUAUCAAUCCUAUUGUAUGUUUUAAUUGCCACCUUUUUCUGUGUUCCUUAUAUUCCUUUACGAAACAGUUUACCUUUCCUUCUGUGAUAUCGCUGCAAAGUUUCUAAUAAAAGUCAAAUCUGACAGAU